CGUAGCUAGGCUAUGUAACUAAGUGUUUGAACGUUCUUGCAGGCUUCAACAAGUCUCCUUUUACCUUUAGCGGUUCAUCAGAGAAUGUUGCAGAUAGUUUCAAUUUUCAGAUUGUGAAAGAAGAGAUGGUGAAGCUAUUGGUUUCCGACGUGGCAUGGGUGGUGUUUUUGACCUUCACCUUGACAGCGUCUGAGGGUUUCCAACUGCAGGGUCCCUCUGGUCCUCUAGUUGCCCAGCUGGGAGGGUCUGUCCUGCUGCCCUGUGCUGCUGAAUCCCCCCUGCCUCUGGAGGAGCUGGAGGUGGAGUGGAGAAGAGCAGACUCUGGUGCCCUGCUGCACCUCUUCCAGGAGGGAGAGGAGAGACCAGAGUCACAGGAUCAUGUGUAUGCGGGAAGGGCACACUUCUUUACAGAGGAGGUUGCCAGAGGGAACUACUCCAUCAUGCUACACAAUGUGACAAUGCAAGAUGCAGGAAAUUACACAUGUAAAGUGUUUACAAAUGUAGAGUCAAGCAAUAUCAUAGUAGAGGUGUAUUUAGAACGCCUCUGGGUGAGUGGAGGAGGUGUGGUGUUUGCUCAUGCAGCUGAUGAAGUGGUCCUGAACUGCUCUGUGGACUCCCACAUACCUGCAGACAAACUAGAGGAGGUCACGUGGAGGAGGAAAGAUAAGACGUUGGUGCUGCUUUACCAAGAUGGUGAGGUUGUCUCAGAAUCUUCAGAUCCAAAGUAUCAAGGCAGAGUUCAGUUCUACAGCGAAGACAUUUCAAAAGGCGACUUGUCAUUGAGACUGAAGGACAUCAGGACGGAGGAUAAAGGGGAAUACAUCUGUACAGCCCACAGUGGAGAUCUGUCAGCCAACACCACUGUGGUCCUAAAAGCACUCGGAUUUUCUAAUGUGCACAUAUCUAUACUGGUGUUGUGCACCAUAACCCUAUUGUACACCUUGGGAUACACUAUACUUGCCUGGCUCCUUCUGCGGAAGAAAGAGAACAGUCCAACAGCUUGCUUGAUCCAUUUCAGUCGCUUUCUGUGUCCAGAUAUCCUUUUGGGUAUAUGUUUUAUACUUUGGGGAUUUGCUGAGGGAUCUCUGGGAGAGGCAUCUGCUUGUGCUACUCUCAACUUUGUCCGUGUUCUUCUGCUAAUGAAGACUGCUCCUUAUCUAGACCAGCUCCCAGGUAUCUUCCACAAACUGAAGACUCUGGGUGCACCAGCUGUAUAUACGAUGGUAACAAUUGUUGUAUUAUCAGUGCAUUACAGGAGCAAGCAAAAUCUUUUGGAAGCGCUGAGCACAAUGGACCUCUACGCAACAUAG